GCAUUCUACCCGACAGUAUUUCCACCUCACCUGAUUUCAUCUUCUGCACCAUACCCCACAGAAGCAUUUCACCUCUACAUUUCGAUCGAGCUACACCGAUUGCUAACCAUCACACAUAUCGCAUUAGCAAUUUCAAUUUAUUUUCAAUUCCCGUAGGGAUUUCUUCCCACAUAGGAGGGGCACAUACUCGGAUGACAUUCGGAGACUUUUCGGGAUGACGUUUCCGUGCUUGGGACAGGGAUGUAUAUAUAUACCCCACCUGCUCCUUCCUUCAACUUCUUAUCAUCACUUCCUCCUCUCGGUUGAUACCCAAUUGCCUCUUCAAUUAUCGCUCCUCGUCGAUUGCACUUCUACAAGCCUAGAGAGAAAGAAAAAGAAAAGGGAAUAAAGCAACAAUGGCGGAAAGAACACUUGCCACUCUCGAUGUAAGUCAGUUAGUUGCACUAACCCCGCAAUUUUAUUCCAGUUACUAUGUCUGCAAACAAGAAUAACCAGAACGAAAUCGUUGAAAACAUCUUCUUAUAAUCCCCAAUCACAAUAUCUCAUUAAUUUUCCCUCCAAAACUGACCCAAGAAAACCCGCAUUAGUCCUCAAUCAUCUCCCGCCUCCCCUCCUCCUCCCAAAUCCUCUUCCACGCAAAAACCCAACAAAACCUCACCUUCUCCUCCCUCGCCACCUCCCUAGGCCGUUCCGAAGUCGCCAUAGCCGCAUUAUUCUAUGGACAAGCCACGGCAUUCCCCGAAGACAUCAAGACCCUCUCCUCGCUCCUCAAGCUCGAAGAAAGCAUCCUUAAAAGCGAAUUGGAACAAGGCUUUCCCGACCGAGGAAGAGCAGGCCCUAUGCCACCCACAGAACCACUCAUCUAUAGAUUGUAUGAGAUUGUGCAGAAUUAUGGGUAUGCGUAUAAGGCGGUGCUGAAUGAGAAGUUUGGGGAUGGGAUUAUGAGUGCAAUUAGUUUUAGUACGAAGGUGGAGAAGGAGGUUGAUGAGCAGGGGACUUGGGCGGUUAUUACGCUUAGGGGGAAGUGGUGAGUCCUUUUCUUCUUCUGCUUUUUUUUGUCUCGCUUUUCUUUGUGUUUUUGAUGGGGUUCUUGGAUUGGAUUUCUGGGUUUGUAGGAUGAGAGAGGGGACUUUUGAUGACGUGACACAGGACUGAUAAUUUAAUUUUCAAUAGGCUUCCUUUUACGCGCUUCUAAAGGAGUCCGUCGGACCUUGGUAUGACGAGCAUGCAAAUGGAAUGCUGGGUCUACUUUGAUACUGUAGUGAACGAGGAUGGGUGUGGUGAGAAUAGAGGGGUACUGGAUGGAUGUUUUGAUAUGAUUU